CGGCGGCGGCAGUGGCGGCGGCGGCGCGGCGCGGCGGCUUUGUGUCGGCCGCCAUGCCCGAGUUCCUGGAGGACCCGUCGGUGCUGACCAAGGACAAGCUCAAGAGCGAGCUGGUGGCCAACAGCGUGGCGCUGCCGGCCGGGGAGCAGCGCAAGGACGUGUACGUGCAGCUCUACCUGCGCCACCUCACGCCGCGCAACCGGCCCGACUUCUCGAGCGACGACGAGCGCGACCCCACGCCGCCGGGAGCGGGGCCCGGGCAGGGCAGGCGCGGGGCGGGCAGGAAAGCUACGAAGAAGACUGAUAAGCCUCGACAGGAAGAGAAGGAAGAAAUGGAGGUGACGGAGCUCACCAAUGAAGAUCUUCUGGACCAGCUUGUCAAGUAUGGAGUGAAUCCUGGGCCGAUUGUGGGGUCUACCAGGAAGCUUUAUGAGAAAAAACUGUUGAAGUUGAGGGAACAAGGAACAGAGUCCAGACCAUCUACUCCUCUGCCAACCAUCUCUUCAGCAGAAAAUACCAGACAGAAUGGAAGUAAUGACUCUGACAGAUACAGUGACAACGAAGAAGGAAAGAAGAAAGAACACGAGGAAGUGAAGUCCACUAGGGAUUUUGUUCCAUUUUCUGAACUUCCAACUCCUCCCUCUGGUGGAUUUUUUCAGGGCAUUUCUUUCCCUGACAUUUCCACCCGCCCUCCUCUGGGCAGGACCGAACAGCAGGCAGUUAAGAAAGUGCCCACUUGUAAGGGACAGCCACGCAGGGAGCCUCUUGCUACCACAGCCUUGCUCGGCAGGGGACAGGUGCAGAAGUCAGCCUCCGGGGGGUUUCCUUCCUCCGGGUCUAGCCAGGAGAGAGGCUUAGAGAAGAGUCCUCCCAGCUCUUGUCAGCGUGAACUCGAUUCCAUGUUGGUCGCUGCUGCAGCUUCAGCUUCCCCUCCGGUGAUUAAAGAAUCCACCACCACUUGCUAUAAGGACAUGGUAGAACGUAUUUAUCAUGGAGAGAAGAGAGGAAUCCCACCAUUAUGUACUGAGAGGUCCCAAGUUUCAGAGUCCGAGAGAUCACAAGUCAUAUCUCCACCACUGGCUCGGGAGAUCAGAGAUUAUGUCAAUUCUCUGUUGGUGCAGGCUGGGGUAGAUGCUCUGCCUGGGCCUUCUGACUCUGCUCCCCCACUGGAGAGAACUGAUCCAUCUCGUUCUCGAGAUCCUGAGCCCGUGUCUCCUCCACAGAAACGCCCUAGACUUUGUGAGAAGUCAGCAGAGCAGCAGGAUCCAGGUUCUUUUGUGACAUUCCAAAGUGAACCUGAACCUGAACCUAUGUCUUUUGCCAAAACUGUUGUCUCUCGCUCACUCCGGGCCUUAGGCAUAGACGUGUCUAAGCCUGCACAGCAGGAGAAAGUGGAUGCCCCGGGGGGAUCCUUUCCCUUCCAUGAAUCCGUGCUGAAAGUAAUUCAAGAGGAGUGGCAACAGAUUGACAGGCCACUGCCUUCACUGGCUUACAGCUACCCCCUCUCCUCCAGCGAGGCAGCACAGAUCUUAUCCGUCCCCAGAGUAGACCAGGAAGUCCUGGGUUCGGCUUCUGAAAGCGCCCAGGGUGCCGGCAGCGAGCCUUACGCUCCGCAGUUGGACUUGGCUUUUAGGACAGUGUUCGAAGCUGCAGCAGCAUCGGUGCAGGUGGCCACCCACGCUGCCUUCGUGGCUCGGGCUGUGCAAGCAGAUAUCGGUCAGGCUGCACGGAUUCUCAGUUCAGAUCCCAGCUGUGCACCCCAGGCGCUGGACAUUCUGAGCAGGACGUACGAUGCAGCCUCAUUUCUCUGUGAAGCUGCAUUUGACGAAGUCAAGCUGGCAGCCCAUGCCAUGGGGUCUUCCACUUUAGGCCGGCGAUACCUCUGGUUGAAGGAUUGCCAGAUGAGUCCUGCUUCUAAGAAUAGGCUGCUUGGCGCUCCCUUUAAAGGGGGAGCUCUGUUUGGAGGAGAAGUAAGCAAAGUAGUUAAAAAGCGGGGAGGCAAACGCCAAGCUGAGAGGAAAGACAUGUAGCUUAUUCUUGAUGUGGGUAACCUAAGAGCUUCAGAUUCUUGGACCCCAGAGGCUUCUCGGAGGUCCUCGUAGUCUCCCGACUGCCACUUCUGCCAUCCAGUUAGAGUUUGAGAAACACUUGGCUUUAGGCUGCGUAGAUAGAAAGCCUGAUAUAUUUCUAGAUCACAUUUUGUUUCAACUAGUUAACUCUUUCCUGUUUUAACCUUUCCACUUCUUCAGAACUACCAUUCCAGUACACUUUAGUUGACACUAUCUUCACUUUCUACAUUUUCCUUAUUUCCUCGGAUUUUUACUUACAUCUACAGUAUCAUUCGGACUCAGAUCAGUGGGCUCAGUGUACCCGGCUCCGGACACUAUUUCUGACCCACUCCCAGGAUGAGCAUGCUUCAUAGUGUAACUCCAGAGAUACUCAAAAUCAACACGCGGGUUUAUUUUCUUGUACUGAUAGAGAAAAGAGUGUUUGAUGUCUGUCUGUCUUCUUCAUAGAGUGGCAGCGGGCGGCCUGGACACACCUUGCCAAACAUGAGGGCUGGUGUUCUGGGCGGUGCGUUCUCGCUGACUGUGUGUAGCUCGUUGGGUAGAUGACCUGGACACUCAAAGCAGGGCUUUUCUGAGUGCUGAAGCAGGUCUGCGGGUGUCUGUCUGUCUCUCUCUUCCUCCCUAUCACCCUGUCCUUUCUCAGUUUCUCUCUGUCCUGUCUCAUAAAAAAAUUAGGAAAAGAGAAAAUGGCGGCCAGGAGCAGUGGAUUCGUAGUGCCGGCACCGAGCCCCAGCAGUAGCCCUGCUGGCAAUAAAGAAACAAAGGAACACACAAUGCUUCCAAGGGUGGUUGGGCAAGGCUUUAACUAGCGCACUUGUGUUGCGUUAUCAAAGGGUCUUAGUACUACAACCUGACACCCAUGUGUUGCUGUAAAGCAGCGUAUUGCCUUGUUCUCCUUUAUAAUCAGUCGUCACGUGAGAGAGACACUAGAAACAACCUGCUGUGGGUCUCUGUAGCUUGACGGAGCAGGUGUGUUGAGUGAGCAGGGUGUUUGGCCUGAGCACUCCUAGCUCUUGCUGUGUUUCCAGACUGCAUGGCCAUGUUUCGGCUUUCUGACAGCAAUUUGUUACUUGUCUUCUGCAAUGUACAUGUGUACACGCAUCUACUAAGUGCUAUGUGAUUUUAAAAAUGUAUCACUGUGGAAUCCUGCAAGACCAAUAAAGUCGUUAAAUCUGAACAGUUUUGUGUGGUCUCCAGAAACAUGUCGUGCGUGUGUUUAUUUUUGGAGUUACGAGUUAGAUAUUUAUGAUCGAUCACCCUUCCACUUCUGCACUGAAAUCCACAUGCUGUCAGUGAGGUAGCUGAGAUCGGCAGUGCAUUUCCUUCUUGUCUUCAUGGGCGUUGGAAUUUAAACUUGUGAGAAAGAUUAGUCAGCGCCUGCUCAGCUACUGUUGGGAUGCGAAGGUUUUAUGAUACUAAAAUCAUAACAACCACGGACUCUUUAUCAGUGGGCUCGGUGGCAGAGGUAUUAGAAGGUGGGGGUGGGCUUGCUUUUCUUUUGUACCAGAGCACUUAAUGGUGAUACCAGGAAUUGAACCUGGGACUUCAGAGCUGCAGGCAUGAAAGCCAUUUGCAUAAACUUUAUACUGUCUUCUUUGGCCAUAUUUAUUUUUAAAGAUUUUAUUUAUUCAUGAAGUAGGAGGAGAGAAAGAACCAGGCAUCACUCUGGUACGUGUGCUGCCAGGGAUCAGAUUCAGGGCCUCAUGCUCGAGAGUUGAAGGCUUUAUCUGCUGCACUAACCUUGCCCCCUGGUGUUCUGAUCCUAAAUAGAACUAGUUAAGAAUCUCUGGAUUCUGGGAACCUUGCAUGUAGGAUCGGGACUGAGCAGACUAGGCAGCAAGACACAGUGUAAGUGUCUUAGCCGUUUUUAGCACAGCUACUCUGGGUCUGUGCAAAAUAAGCUUGUAGGAACUGAGUCCACUUCUGUCUCUGAUGAUGCAAAGUCUUGAGAAUGGCAGUUUACAAAUUAACAUUCGACACAGAUGUUUGCUAUGUGAUAUAAAUGACAGGCACUUAAAAUGGGACUUUUCAAAUGGUGAUAAAAUCAAUACCAAGAGAAUGUGAUAUUAAAGGCUAAAGUGUAUGAAUAUAUUUGAGUUAAUAAGUUAAAGGUGGGGGUAGACAGCAUAAUGGUUAUGCAAAGAGACUCUCAUGCCUGAGGCUCUUAAGUCCCAGUUCAGGCUCUAGUAAGGGGGGGAGGCUAGGAGGUUGAUAGCCGUUCUAAUGAAUCUGCCAGGUGUGAUAUGUGAAACCAGUAUUUCACUUCAAAGAAUUUCGUUUUCCCUCCAAAAUUCUGAGCAGUUCUUGGCUUAUAGUGGUGCAGGGAAUUGAACCUAGGACUUUGGAGACUAGGGCAUGAGAGUCUGCAUAAUCAUUUUUUUAAGGGAAAAAAAGCAGUCAUUGGUCGUACCCUUCUCUCAACAAGAUCCUCACCUCUUCAACUACCCAGGUGUUUUUGUGAUCAUAAUGAAAAAGGAAGACCAUUCUUAACAUAGUUGUUAGUAUUUAUUGUUCUUUGAGGCUUUAUGCCAUG